UCAUACAAUGAGUCAGUUAUUUGUGAAACUCGAAGAAGUAACAAGCUUACAAACAAUGAAAUACGGGUGGAUAAUAUUUGUGCUAUUUCAACUCGUUCUAUUGCUGUCGAUGCAACCGAGGGAAGCAAAUGGCGCCUGUUGUAGGCAUGAAGAUGGUUGGUGUAAGGACGGGACAUUUGCGACGCCCUGCUGUGGAAUAAAUCAAUGCAAUAUGUUUUGCUGCAAUUGCAGAUGCAGAAGUGGAUGGAGGUCCCGGAAUAGCCACGGUGAAGAUUCUCAAAGGAGUUCCCGUCGUCAUGAUCAUCGUCAUACCCAUGAUCGUGAUCAUCACCACAAACACAAAGGAAGAAAACAUUCCGAUUCCUGCAAGUACACAAUUCUCGCCAUGUGGACAUCAAAGGAAUAAGCUUUUUAUAAACAAUUAAUUUAAUACUGAGAAUUAAAUUGCUCUCAUUGAAGUUAAUGGAGCGUGGCAUGCAAAAAUUCUAA